GGCGGGUAACGUGACACGCGUGGCUGGGGGCUUAUAAACCUUACACGGGCCGCGGGUUAGCGAGCCGGGAAGGAGGCAGGAGUGUGGCGGCUCCUUUGGCGUCCCCACACGGGCUGAGGCGGCGGCUGGCGCAGCCGCCUGAGGACUGCGGUGAAGCCGAUGCCCAGGUUGGAGAACGGCGGCUGGAGCUGUUCCUGCGCGGCCCGGGGAAGGCACAGAGCCCAGCCGGGGGACACGGCAGCGGGGCUGGCCGCCAAGGUGGGCGGGAUGCUGAGCUCCUCCGGCUCAAGCCCCUCGCUGACGCCGGUGGGUACCGGAGCGCGCAGCCCCAGCACCUCCACCAGCACCAGCAGCACCUUGAACUGGAGUCAGCACCUGGUGCAGAGGAGCGUGGUCCUCUUCGUUGUCGGUGCUUUCAUGGCCCUGGUGCUGAACUUGCUACAGAUACAGCGAAAUGUGACUCUCUUCCCCGACGAAGUGAUUUCCACGCUCUUCUCCUCUGCCUGGUGGGUGCCGCCGUGCUGCGGAACAGCAGCAGCUGUCGUUGGCCUGCUGUAUCCCUGCAUUGACAGCCACCUGGGGGAACCACACAAAUUCAAGAGAGAGUGGGCCAGCGUAAUGCGAUGUAUAGCAGUUUUCGUUGGCAUUAACCAUGCAAGUGCUAAACUAGAUUUUGCAAACAACAUCCAGCUGUCCCUGACUCUAGCAGCCUUAUCACUGGGUCUUUGGUGGACAUUUGAUCGUUCAAGAAGUGGUCUCGGGCUUGGAAUUACAAUAGCCUUUGUAGCAACUCUGAUAACCCAGUUUCUUGUAUAUAAUGGUGUUUAUCAGUAUACGUCUCCAGAUUUUCUUUACAUCCGUUCUUGGCUUCCAUGUAUAUUUUUCUCAGGAGGUGUGACUGUAGGAAACAUAGGACGCCAACUGGCUAUGGGUAUUCCAGAGAAACCACACAAUGACUAAGUCUUUGAAGAAGAGAGCAUGGUGCCAGUGUGAAAGCAACAUUGUGAAGAUGUGUUCCUGUUUUAAAUUGAAGAUUAUUUAGAAAAAAUAAUCUCUUUAUGGGCUCACUGCACAAAUGACUCGUGGAAAAAAAUAUUAAUCCACUCUUAGAAUAGCCAAGUGAAAUUAACUGCUUAUCUUGAAAUCUUACCCUGAUUUACCGCGUAAGCAUUUGCAUAUGGCUGUUCUCUGGGAGAGUUUAACACCAAGUUGCAUACAACUGCUCAGGCUAAGUGGCAGUUUUCCAAGUAUUAGAUUCCAAUGUAAGUUACUGAAUCAGCUGCCGUAUUUUAAAGCCUUGAAACUGAAAUUUAAUUACAAGCUCUUGUAUCAGUGCCCAAAGGAAGUAGAUCGAUGGUGCUUAACAAUGAUGAAGUAUGGUUUAAUAGGAAUAGUAUUUAUCAAAAUCUUUAAAAAAUAGGGUUAUUUAAAAAUAAGAGUGAUCAAAACAGAUUAAAGGCAUUGCACUAAUGCUUUUAGGAGUCUUAUGAAGGAAUUAUGCCCUAACUUGUAAUGCUGCAUUAAGUUUCUGUCUUUGAUGGUAGAGAGGGUUGGAGGGACAAAAAGUCAGAAGUCAGUUUGGAAUUUCUAAACUACUUCAGUACGAUAGGUGAACAGUAGACAAUCUUGUUCAAACAUGAACUAUAUCAAGACAUUCUGGCUGGAUAUUUUAUUACUUCUAAAGCUUGCAAGUUAGAUUUGCAAGAAUUGAGUUCUGGCCCCAAUUCAGUAAGAAAUUUCUGUGUGUGUGAGUUAUUCUUGCUUAAUAUUAGACGUAUGCUUCAGUAUCUCACUGAGGUCUUGGAUAUCUUCAAUGCCUGGUGUCACUACAAAAUGUGCAUUGCAGGUCAUUGAUUGGCCACUGAGUACAUGCCCCCAAGUCCUUAGAUUCAUAGUUUCCUCGUAGAUAUGUCCUUGUUCCCCUUUCUGAGUCAGGGUUUUGACUGGAAUGAUUAGAAAUGGAAGUGGGCCUAAAAUGUGAGUUUAAACUGUAUGUGAAGAAUAGCAAACGGCUUGUUUUCUCAGUUCAGUUUCUGAAGGAGAUCAUUACUUGUUUUUUCACAACCCUAUUGAACUUGCAAUCUGUGAUUGCCUUCUUAAAAAAAAAAAAAACAGAAAAGAAAAAAGUACUUAUGUCACACAUAAAACAUUUGGUGUUUCUUAGUUCUGGUGAGCACAACAUGUUCAUUUGAUAGCUUAGACCACAAGAGACCUAAGUAGCAAGUAUUAGGUCUUAAAGUUGAAGUGCAAUGUACAGAAAAACUGAGCCUCAUGUUCUCUUCAAUAUCGAUCAUUUCUGAUGAGAGAUAAAAGAGAAGAGGGUUCUGAGUUCAUUUCAAUGCUGCAUGGAGUCAUAUGGAGCAAUAAUUUAUUUAACUAGUAAAGCUAGUUUUGUUGUAUCAUUCAUGGAACCCAAAUUUUUAGAAAUACUCCAAUUUUGUGGUUAUGGUUUACUUGUAAACUUUUAUGUAUUUGCCUUUUUGUAUUAUGCUUUUUGUGUGUGUGUGUGCGGGUGUGUUUCCAAUCUUACAUGGAUUCAGAUAAAGUUAGAGGCAUCACUCAAAGACCGACCCAUCAAAAAGACAUUGAGGCCAGGUAGCAGUGUUCUGGCUGCUUUCACUUUUCUAAGGGAAUGCUAUAACUGCUGCUUGUGCUUUUGGUGUUUUUUUUCUGUAGCAGGAAAAGUUUAGCAUAAAGCCUAUAUUACAGAGCAGACCCCAAUUCUAAUCUUGCUUUGAUGUAAAUCAAGAGUAAUUUCAUUGAUACAAGAUCCUUCCUCAACUGUCUAAAACAUAAAUAAACACAUUUUAUAGGACUACUUGAAGAAAUCAGAUCCUUGGAUCAGGGCUGGAUCAGCUCAGCUGUUUUAAGGAGUAUGCUACCUGCUGGGGAAGACAGUUUUGUAAUCAUCUUGAAACCAAUUUCAAAACGUUACAAAACCAGAUGUAAGUAAAGAUGACAGUGAUCUCUAUGAAUAUUUGAUUGAUAAAGAAGUAUUUAAGAUUUAUUUGUAAAGACUGAAAUAAAAUCUGUACGUCUUAGACUUAA